CCAUUCAUGGCCGACAACAAUGUUCAGAAUAUAUACUAUGAAUAUGAACUUACAAAUAGCAAAAGAUACUUUCUUUAUCAAAACUUUUUUGAGUCAAAGCGUUCGAGUAUCGCCAAACAGUAUCUUCUGCUUUAGUUGGAAGUCUUAGGCUUUAUUGAGUUAGAAGGGUUUUAGGCUUUAUUGAGUGGUGAAAGAUGGCUAUGGCUCCUACGGUGAAAGUGGUUCUUGGUUCAAUUGCCUUUGGUUUCUUCUGGGUGUUGGCGGUUUUCCCCACUAUCCCAUUCCUGCCUAUUGGAAGAACUGCAGGAUCCCUGCUUGGGGCUAUGCUCAUGGUCAUGUUCAGAGUCAUAACUCCUGAACAAGCAUAUGCUGCUAUUGAUCUUCAGAUCCUCGGUCUUCUCUUUGGGACAAUGGUUGUUAGUAUCUAUCUUGAAAGAGCAGAUAUGUUCAAAUAUUUGGGUAAAUUGCUCUCAUGGAAGAGCCAGGGGGCAAAGGACUUACUUUGUCGAAUCUGUCUGAUUUCUGCCAUUUCCAGUGCUUUUUUCACCAAUGAUACCUCUUGUGUUGUUUUGACCGAGUUCGUGUUAAAAAUUGCCAGGCAACAGAAUCUCCCACCUCGUCCAUUCCUGUUAGCACUUGCCUCAAGUGCAAAUAUUGGUUCAUCAGCCACUCCAAUUGGCAACCCCCAAAACCUGGUCAUAGCUCUUCAGAGUAAGAUCUCUUUUGAAAAGUUCUUAUUCGGGAUUUUCCCUGCAAUGCUCAUGGGAACUUUGGUAAAUGCUUUGCUUCUUCUAUGUAUGUAUUGGAAGUUGUUAUCUGUUCAGAAGGAUGAAGAAGAUCCUGCUACUGAAGUGGUUGCUGAGGAAGAUGUAAUCUCACAUCGCUUUUCACCAGCCAAAAUGUCACAUGCAUCCUUGAACUCUCAAGAUAUGAGUUCUGCGUUGGAAUUUAUGGACAUUCAGGGCUGUCCAAUGGUCAAUCAUAACACAGGUCAUGUGGAGUCUCUAAGGACCCGUAUGAGUUCAAAUGAGAAUGAAAUCGACAGGGUCUCUAGUGGGGCAUUGCAGUCCACAAGAAACUCAAAUGCAUCAAAGGAAGGGACAGAUGAAGGAGUUACUUCAAAAAGAUUGGCAUCUGUAAAUGCAUUGUCGGAUGCAAUCUCUACUAAAUCUUUGGAGGAAAAGGAAAUCUCAACGACGAAAUGGAAAGGAAUAUUAUGGAAAACAUGUGUUUAUCUUGUUACUAUUGGUAUGCUGAUUUCAUUUCUUAUUGGUCUGAAUAUGUCAUGGACUGCAAUUACAGCUGCACUUGCUCUUGUGGUUCUUGAUUUUCAGGAUGCCCGGCCAUGCUUAGAAAAGGUAUCCUAUUCUCUCUUGGUAUUCUUUUGCGGAAUGUUUAUCACAGUAGAUGGCUUUAACAAAACAGGAAUUCCAAGCACUCUAUGGGACUUCGUGGAGUCUUAUGCAAAGAUCAAUCAUGUUUCUGGGAUAGCAGUUCUUGCUGUUGUCAUACUUGUCCUCUCAAAUUUUGCUUCAAAUGUACCUACAGUUCUAUUGCUUGGCGGACGGGUGGCAGCAUCAGCAGCUUCAAUAUCUCCAGCUAGUGAGAAGAAAGCAUGGCUCAUUUUAGCUUGGGUUAGCACUGUAGCAGGCAACCUCUCACUUUUGGGAUCAGCUGCCAACUUAAUUGUGUGUGAGCAGGCUCGACGUGCACCCGUUGGUUACAAUUUAUCGUUCUGGAGCCAUCUCAAAUUUGGAGUUCCCUCCACACUCAUAGUCACAGCUAUUGGCUUGGCACUUAUAAGAUGCUGACACAAAUGUUCUUAGGCUAGAGACCAAUCUUGUAGAUUACAAUUUCAUAAAGAAAAUUAACAAAAAAUAAGUAAAGAUUACGUCACUUGUGGUCUUUGAUGUCACGUAGAAUCGUUGCAUUAAAAGUCACUUUUGGGGAAGUGGUUAUUGCAAAAGGUUUGGUCAAUGUGAAGGACAAUUGAUCUCAGUUCCUAGGUUAGCACUGAUCUCUCGUAAAUUCUGAUUUGGACUGGUUACAAAUAUAACAUUUUGACAUAAAAUGUAUAAAAUGACUGCUCUCAAAUUUGAUGUUGUAACCCCUUUUAUAGCUUUGCAUUGGUCAAACAUUU